GGUUCCUUUCCUCGGUAGGAGAUCAGCCAUCCUUGUCGCUAUUCUGACACGUUCUCUACCCCUCUGUUCCCCCUCGGUCCUUCCCUGUCCAGAGGCUGUCUAUCAAAAAGUCCUCUUCGACUCGCCUCAAACACCUGUUCUACUGCACUGAUGCCCCUGUGCUAUCUGCGCAUAAAUUUCGCACGCUUGUUUGUGCCCAGAUCCCUACUCCACCCUCGGGCGGUCAGGCAGCGUUUGAGCGCAUUUUGCAUUUGAAAUGCCGCCAUAGCUGUUGGAUCAUCUCUCCUGCUCGCUACAGCAUUGUCUCCGUCCACAAUAAUUUACAUCCAGAGCCUCAGCACAGCUUUCUAGAUUGGAAACCAACUAAAACAUCCAGCAAGAUAUCGCAAGGGUCGCCAUGCUAGGCAUAAGAAGCAGUAGCUCCAACAUAGACUUGCCCCACUCUGCUCAACGCGAAGGGCCGGCUUCUAUUUUCCCUUCUCCAACCGCAUUCCCCACACACGCUGUUCGCCACGGUAAGCACUCUCCUAUCUCAUACAGAACAUUAUAUACUAAUGUGCUUUCCCCAUGGUCCAAUCGAACUCCACUCUAUUCAUGUGUUCAAGGUUAUGGAGGAUGGCGCAAGGUGUCCAUCCCGUACAUUGAGAGCAUGGCAAAAAUAGGCCAACAUGCAGCACCAAUGCAACCUGGAGUAUUGCAGGUGAACUCUAUGCGCCUUUCCAGAUACUGUUUUUAUACUGAUAUGUUUAGAGCAGGGGCACGUUAUUCCAUCCCGGUGCAUUUGCCCAUGGAGAUUAUGGAGAUCGUUCUCAUUGCUCCGAUCAGGGACUCCUUGGAUCGCCGACAAGGGAGCUUUUUACGCUCGUCAACAGUUUACACCCUGCCCACAGCCAGGUCGGACGUUAAAAAUAAAGAAAUAGCAAUGAACAGCCACGAUGUAGAUCAACCUGUCGGCUUUUUCUUAACCCGUCUAGCAGAACACACUCUUGCUCCAGGCGCCUAUUUUUUUUUUUUUUUUUUUUUUUCAUUGGCCUAUCAGCAGUACACACGCAGCAAUGUGUAGCAGAUAAAAGAAAGGGGGUUACUUAUGAACCGCACAGGAUACCGCGACAGCACGUUAUUAAAAAGGCUUCUGUUUCCCGUUAGUGUUGCGAAUCCCUUGUACAUGCGGAGGCUACGCGUUUGAAAGCUAUCAACCGGCGCCCUUUUAUUGCCGUAAAAUAAAAAAAGGAAAAGGAAAAGGAAAAGAAAAAGAAAAAGAAAAAGAAG